AAACCACAGAGGUGCCUCCCAGGAACACGGCCCAGCGGGCAGAGUCCACAGAAAAGGGUAUUUUGGGAUAAAGAGUCACUGAGGACACUUGGAGCCCUUGAGGGACACCCGAGGCAGCGGCGGGGAGAAGCUGCCUUGCCCCGCCGCCGCUCGGCAGGGGGCGCGCUCCCCGCCCCUCCCUCCGGGGCUCCCUCACACCCCCAGCGGGCGAUGUCGCCGCGCCACCGCCUCCACCUCCUGCUCUUCCUCCGCACUCUCCACGGCUCCACCUUCGGCAUGAGCGACUGGGCCUCCCGCCUGCCGCAGGCGGGCGAAGCGCUGCCCGGCAGGAGCCAGCGCAUGGCGGUGCCAGAUAAACAUCAUGUCAAUGGGAACAGAAUGGUUGAACCUUUCCCAGAGGGAACACAGAUGGCUCUGUUUGGUAUGGGCUGCUUUUGGGGAGCUGAGAGGAAGUUCUGGAGGCAGAAAGGAGUCUACUCCACUCAAGUGGGUUAUGCAGGAGGACAUACCCCAAACCCCACCUACAAAGAGGUGUGCUCAGGCAGAACUGGGCACACCGAGGCCGUCCGGGUGGUGUUUGAGCCACAAAACAUCAGCUUUGAGCAACUGCUCAAGGUCUUCUGGGAGAAUCAUGACCCGACACAAGGGAUGCGGCAGGGGAACGAUGUCGGCACUCAGUACCGCUCGGCCAUCUACACCUUCUCCCAGGAGCAGAUGGAAGCUGCCCUGAGAUCCAAGGAGGAAUAUCAGAAGGUAACACUGGCCAGGGGGUGGAAUUGCUUCACCUGCAGGCACAGGGUUGAAGAAGUCACCAAUUAACACAAAAUCACUCCUUGUGCUGUGCACUCUCCUCAGGCCGAUGCCCAACUUGCAUCAGAGUUGCUUUAAAUGCCAACUUUUAGGAUUGUUUUUUGUGUGAGUCAUUUUAUAACCGUGCAGAAAGAAAAAUAGCUCCUCAUGCAGAGAUAUUUUGAGUCUGUUCUCCAGGUUUAUUUAGUGUGGGCUCACCAGAAUACAAAUCUGUGGUCUUUAAGCUAUUCAAGCUUCUCUGGACCCCAAACCCUGAAGGGUGUACCCAAAAUCCCAGAUCCAGGAGUUCCUGAACAUUGCUGAUCAAUAAUUGAGCUGGAUAACUCAGGAUCACCCACCUGAUGCUUGUGAGAUGCUUCUAUCAAGCCUUUCCAUAAAUAUCCUGGAUGAGAUGUGACAGCCUGUGACUUAAUGAGAGUAUUUGAGUAUUUUUUGUGACACAAGGAUUUGUGUGAGAGAACAUUGACCCUUCCUUUCACAGGAUUUUCCCCUGUUUUCUGGGGAAGAUGGAUUCUGUGCCUUCCCUGCCACGUUACUAUUUAAGUAAAGGCAGAGGGAUUAGCACCCUGCAGUGUUGUUGCACUGUGGUGCAGCCCAGUGCUCUUGUCGAUGCAAAAUACAGAUUCUGCAGCAGGAAAAUAUUAAAUUAUUAAAAUUUACAUGAAAAAAAAAACCCCACUCACCUGGGACAUCAGUGCAGUAAACUUAAAUAGUCCUAAAAGAAAACCAGCAUUCAUUAUAUUUAAAGUCUCCUCACUGGUGUUAUGUUAAAGAACCAGGAGUUUUGGUGUUUAUUUGAUGUUAAAAGUAAAAAAAAAAAUCUUUAUACAUCAGCCAGAAGAUCCCAAAAGGCAGCAGGUUUUUUUUACCAGUGUGGGUAUGACUGGGUGAGCUCCUAGGGCUGGUUCCUACUUGCAAUUGGAAUUAUUUUGAGUGCAAAGAGGUGCUCAGAACAGCAGGUAAGUGAUUUCCAGACCUGAUAACUGUGUGUGUAGAUGAAGUGCUCAAUGAUUUAUGUUUUUUUCUGGUGGGGCUAAAUCAGUCUUGCACGUUUUUAUCUGGUGGAUUUGGAAAAUAUUUAUCAUUCAAAACUUACUUUUCACUCAUUAUUUGCCUUAGAUCCACUGCUUUCCCGAAUUCCUUUUCUUUCUUUCAUUUAGCAUCUGCUGACCAACAUCACCCUGCAAAUCUUACAGCUUUAAUUUGCUUUCUCAACUCUGUUAUCCUCUGCUGUUAUUUGUCAUUAAAUAAAUACUG